AUGCAAUUGAAUCCUUAAAAGUAUUAAUUCCUUGUAGGUUUAUUUAUAUUAGAAGAUAAAACAUAGAGCCAUCAAUCCACAGCUGGUAAUAAUUAAGUAUAAGAAGAAUGCUUGGAAGUUUAACUUAAUCAUCCUUUGAUUUCACAUAACACUAUUAUAAUUGAACUUGAAUCUGAAAUUAAACAAGAAGUAGAGAAAGUUGUAUAGUUCAGUGAAGUAUAAAAAUGUCUAAUAAAAGAUAAACUAGUAAAAUCUUAAAAUAAUUUCGAAAACUAUAAAAUUGCGAUUCAAAGAUCCAGGAAGCUAAAUACCGAAUUUAACUAAUUUAGAAGUCCAAAGUUAGGAGAGGAACUUGACAAUUUCGAAUAAAACACUAGCUGGAGAAGAGAAUAUUAUAAUCUUAUUGAGGAAGCCAAGAAACUGUUGCACUACAUUGACAUCAAUUCGAUAUCUUUAAAAUUCAUCUCAAAGAAAUUAUUGAGAGUAAUGAAAGAUGAAAAAGAGACAGUGCAUAAGCUUGAAAAGUAUCUACAUUCGUUAUAGCAUAAAAUCAAUGAGAAGGAGCUUGAGAUAUAAAAAAUGCUCAACCAAAUGAUGAUUAGAGUCAAGGAUCUAUUCCCUAUAUCUUUAAUGAUGGGAAUCCAAAUAAUACUCUCUGCUUUAUUAGCAUAUCUUACUUACAUUCAUGGUAUUAUUUUUUAAAAUGAUCAAUUUUUAGGGAAAAGUUAAAAAACAGUUUUCCAAAUAAUUAAGACUCUUCCUGUUUACAGAUGCACAUUUAUAAUGAUUCUCGGAGUUUUAGGAACUGGUGUUUGCAUUAGAUUUUUCAGACGUUAUCAAGUGAACUAUGUGUUUAUUUUUGGAGUAAGCCCUAGAAAUAAGAUGAAUGAGUACCAAUUUUACAAGAUGUUCAUGCUUUUGCUUAAUAUUUGGACAACUUGUCUCGUCUUAGAAUUGAUAUUUUAUGAUACAAAUUUUUCUUAUUACCUCGUAUAUAGUCUAUUUCUCCUGUUAAUCAAUCCAAUGGAUCUUCACUAUAGACCAUUCAGAUAUGAGUUGAUUUACAGCUUGGCCCAUAAUUUAAUAUCGCCUUUUGGAUAUGUCAGAUUUAAAGAAUUCUUUUUUGGAGAUAUUUUAACUAGCAUGGUUAAGCCUAUAAUUGAUUUCUAUUUUCUGACUUGCUUUAUUUUAGAUUCUCCUAUCUUUGAAGACUAAGCACUUGGGGAAUGCAUUCUUAAUAGUGGGAUGAUUUUUGCACUUUCUGUAGUGCCAUAUCAUAUUAGAUUUUGGCAAUGUAUUAAUAGAUACUUUGUGACUUAAUUAUGGUUCCCUCAUCUAGUUAAUGCUGGAAAAUAUAUGUCUACAAUAAUUGUAUUGCUGAUUGCUUAUCUUCAAACAUUUCACUUUGGCCUCAAAGAAUUCUAUGUGCCCAUUUAUAUUUUUUCCACAAUUUAUUCAUUUUCAUGGGAUAUAUUGAUGGAUUGGAGUCUCUGCAAAGGUACUUAGCCAGGCACAAGGUUAUUAAGAGAUAGACUUAUGUAUCCGAAAUAUUUCUACUAUUUUUCAAUUUUUACAAAUUUCAUUUUGAGAUUUGCUUGGAUCAUGCCUUUGCUUCCAGAAAGCUAUUAGCAAUUAUUUUAUAAGGAUUAAGGAGGUUUGGUGUUGUGUUUAUCCUUAGCAGAAGCCUAUAGAAGAAUUUAGUGGAGCUUAUUUAGAGUUGAAAAUGAGAACAUAACAAAUCCAGAGAAAUACAGAUUCUUAUUAGAAGUGCCUAAAGUUUAUUUGUGA